UGGGGGGAGCGGGGCGGGGAGAUGGAUAAACUGACCAUCAUCUCAGGAUGUCUCUUUCUGGCCGCCGAUAUCUUCGCCAUCGCCAGCAUCGCCAACCCGGACUGGAUCAACACCGGGGAGUCCGCGGGAGCACUCACUGUGGGCCUUGUGCGACAGUGUCAGACAAUCCAUGGACGAGACCGGACGUGCAUCCCACCUCGGCUUCCCCCAGAGUGGGUCACCACACUGUUUUUUAUCAUCAUGGGAAUCAUUUCAUUGACUGUCACAUGUGGUUUGCUGGUGGCUUCCCACUGGCGAAGAGAAGCUACAAAAUAUGCUCGAUGGAUAGCCUUCACUGGAAUGAUCCUUUUCUGUAUGGCUGCCCUAAUAUUUCCAAUAGGAUUUUACAUCAAUGAAGUCGGAGGUCAACCUUAUAAAUUACCCAACAACACAGUAGUUGGGUCAUCAUACGUACUUUUUGUCUUAUCAAUUUUCUUUACAAUAGUAGGACUUCUAUUUGCUGGCAAAGUUUGUUUACCAGGCUGAUGAAUGUCUAAUUUGCUCAACUCUUUUAUUAUGUUUAAUUUUAUUUUAUUUUUUUAUUUUUGGAGGGGAGAGGACAAAGGCAAGGCAUCUGAGUAGUCCUCUCAUAGGAAGAUGCUUAGAUGAAACUGAUGCUGAAAAGGAAAAAAAAAAUGCUUUGAUUUGUUUUCACUAUGCACUUUGGAUUUAAAAACAAAACAAACAAACAAAUAAGGAGAGCCUUUUCCAUAACCAAAUACAGACAAUAUUGACUAAAUCUCCUGAGCAUAUUCAGGCAGUCAGGUCUGCACUGUGAUAGCAACCUAGUGAAGGAGAAUGCUUUAUACCGAAAAGCAUGUGGCCCUUUGUGACUCUUUUUUGUUCUGUUUUUAACGUCUAAUGAUUAAUUGAGGGGGGAAAAAGUCUAAGUAUUUAUGAAUCAUGGUGGACCAGAGGGUUACAAGAGAAGUUCAUGUGGGGCUGGCCUCACCUCCUAAGAAAUUAGUGUUCACAGCUUCCUUGUAAUGGUAUGAGCCUUUGGCACCACAAUGAUUUGCUGUUGCAUUAGUACACCAAGAAGCCAAUAGAUCAAAACUUGUUUGCUAAAAUGUAUGUAAAAAUCCUGAAAUUCCCUAUUCUCUGUGUACAAAACAAAACAAAAAAAUCAAACAAACACUAAGAAACAUG